ACCUAACACGCCUGCCGCAGAUUAAUCAAAUCAAUCAAAUGUGACCAUUCAUCCUUUAGACUUAUAGCAUGGAAAAGCCCAAGAGCAUCCGCAUCGGCUCAACAAAAGUACGCACUGGCUGCAUUACCUGCAAAUCUCGGCGGAUCAAAUGCGACGAAGGCAAACCAACCUGCCGCAACUGUAUCCGCUCCAAGCGCUCCUGCACCUACGCCAACAAUCAUGAUGGCAAACCCAAUCUGCGCAUCGUGGUGUACACGCCGCGAGCGACAUUCGCGGCCACCAGCGCCGAAAAACACAGCCUCGAUUUCUUCUUAGCCCAGAUGCGCACUCGCUUUCCGAUCCAUUUUUCUCAGCGCGUUCUGCAGGCGGCGCAUCGCGAGGAUGUCCUUGCGCACGCGAUCAUUGCUCUCGGAGCGAUGCAGCAGUGUUUCGAGUACGAUGAUGCUAGUGCGAUCGGGGCUUGGAGUCCUUUGGCGACAUUUUCGAUGCAGCAUUACGGCAGGGCAUUACGGUUAUUGCAGGAGCGUGUGAAUGAGGCUUUCAUUCUACACCCUCGUACAAAAGGACGGGGGAGAGCGGCUGGCGCUGAGACUGGAGCCGGGGCUGGUGCGGAGCCGGAUUUGAUUCUCAUCUCAUGCAUUUUUUUUGCCUGCUUCGAGUGUCUACGGGGCUCGACGCAGGCGGCUAUUGUCCAUAUGCGCUCUGGGCUGAACCUGCUACGGGAGUACGAGCGGGACCCCAGAACAGGGUCAAUAAUCCCCAAACGCACGAUGCGUUCGCUCUUCACACGCCUUGAUAACCAGCUUAUUGAGAUGCGCGGAAGUAGUCUGAGCAUGGCCUCGUCGGAUGAUAACCUCGAGGUCGUAGCGCGCGAUCCUUUGCCAGAAGAUGAUGUGCAUGAUUCACUAAAUGCCUUAUGGAACCAUAUUUUACACGGAAUGCUCGACUCGGCACGCGCCUUAGCGAAGGGGGAGGCGCCUAGCCCUUCCAUCUCGACGCCCCAGGCGGAUGUGCGGGAAAACAUGAAGCAGCUCCAUCAUACCUUUACUCGUCUCUGCAUCUCCUCAACAUCACCAUCAUCACCGCCGCCACCAGAGGGGGUCGACUACGGCCAAGACCCCGACAUCCUCCGCAUCUGGUUCCUGCUGUCACCUAUGCUUUUGACAAGCAACACCUGGGACCCGGCGGAUGCAUGGGGCCCACACAACGACAACUUCGCGCGCAUCGUCGCCAUCGCCGAAGCCUAUCUCGCCCGAUGUGCUGCAGCAAACCCAUCCCGAAGACGGACUUUCGCAUUUUCGCUGGGUAUUGUUCCGCCUCUCACACUUACCGCGACACGAUCGCGUGAUCCGCGCGUACAGCAGAAAGCACUGUACUUGCUAAGCAUAUGUAAUCGCCGCGAAGGGAUCUGGGACUCCAAGGUCAGCGUACAGUUUGCGCUGAAGACGAUUGAAAUGGAUCAGGAAGUGCGGGACCAACCGACUGAGGAGCAGGCGGCGACAAGACUGAAGAAUCGGGCUGCCGCGUUUGAUGAUAUCCUUGUUGACGAUGACGAUGAGCGGUUAGUUAAGCAUGAGCCGGAGGAGGAUGAUGGAUAG